AGUCGAGAAUGUUUCGUAGAAUGAUUUAGUCGGUGAUCUGUUUAUAAUAUUUUUGGUUCUAUCUUCAUUUACAUUUUUCUAGAUAAGAAUAGAAUUAGUGCGGAAGAAAAUUGCUGUGAAAGAAGGAAAGAAAAUUAAGGAAAGUGAAAAAAUCAGUGAAAAGGAAAAAAAUAUUCACAACCCGCAAACUAAAUUCAUUCUCGAAUUAGAAAUGGGAUUAUGUAUUUCAUUCUCCAAUAAAAAUUGACAUUAACAUUCAACAAAAUAACUCAUUCAACGUGACGCAACACAAGAGAGAAGCGUUCACAGACGGCUGUUCAGCAUAAUGCCGUCAGCCGAUAAGCGUAGUUCGUCGAAAACAUCGGAAAAUGCGUCAGUUGAAAUAGUGGCGGGUGUGUUGCGAUCGAAUUCAGUACUUGUAGCAUUAGCAGUGCUGCUAUUUGUCGCGCAAAUAAUUAAUGGCCAGCAAAACAAUCCACAACAACAAACAUGUCCGCCAGCCAGUGAGAUAAGUCCAUGUCUAUGUCAAGUGAAAAAGAAUGGUUUGGAUAUCCUAUGCGAAGCAACCGAUUAUGUCCACAUCACGAGAGCUAUGACUGCUCUUAAGCCGAGAAGCCCAAUUAUAUUCUAUUUGAAACUUCGACAUAACAGUUUACCUAAACUACAAGGUUUCAUUUUUCUCGCUUUGGACAUUCGACAUUUGACGAUUCACAACAGUUCGUUGGCUGUCAUUGAAGAGACAUCGUUAAGUUCUUUGGGCAAAGGAUUGACGCAGCUUGAUGUAUCACAAAAUCAAUUGCAGAAUGUCCCGUCGAGUGCGCUGAAAAACUUGCAUCAUCUGUUGAUUCUCAAUCUCAAUCAUAACAAAAUUUCUAUCAUUCACAAUCGAGCAUUCGAAGGUUUAGAUACAUUAGAAAUUUUGACACUUUAUGAGAAUAGAAUCACAGGAAUUGAGCCUGAAGCAUUCCGAGGAUUAGACAAGAAAUUGAAGCGUCUAAAUUUGGGCGGCAAUCAUUUGACAUCGAUUCCCCAGCGUGCGCUCUCAAUUUUUGAUACAUUAAAGAAGCUUGAAGUUCAAGAAAAUCGUAUUGAGACUAUUAAAGAAGGUGACUUUGAAGGCUUAAGGAAUUUGGAUUCGUUAAUAUUGGCGCAUAAUAAAUUACGACAAAUUCCGGCAAACGUGUUCUCUCAUCUAAGACAGUUAAACUCACUGGAACUUGAGGGAAAUUACAUUACCUACGUUGACAAAGACGCUUUCUCUGGACUUGAAGAAAAUCUUCAAUAUUUACGUUUAGGAGAUAACAACUUGCAUCAGAUACCGAGCGAUUCUUUGAGAUCCCUUCAUCGAUUACGUCACCUUGAUUUGAGAUCAAACAACAUAAGCUAUAUCCCUGAAGAUGCUUUUGCCGGCUAUGGCGACUCGAUAACAUUCUUGAAUCUUCAGAAAAAUGACAUUAAAACCUUACCCGCAUUGGCUUUCGAGAAUUUGAAUUCCUUAGAGACAUUGAGCAUUCAGAAUAACAAACUAACGAGGAUACCCGAAGAGGUCAGGGAGCCGAUAAUUGACACGUUGCGUGUCGUUGACAUUAUGGACAAUCCACUGAUUUGUGAUUGUGAGUUGAUUUGGUUUCCAAAUUUACUGAAGGAACUCAAAAAUCGUGACGAUGAAAUGACACAGAAGAAACGACCAAUGUGUACGAUGGCUUCGGAACAUCGCGAGUACUUUGUUCAAAAUAUGCCGCUUGAAAGAAUGAAUUGCAUUGGGAAGAAUCUUGGACGUUCAGCUAUGAGCAGUGAUGGACGCAAGAUAGUCUCAUGGGAAAUGACUUUGAUUACCAUUUUUGGAACAAUGAGUGCAUGUUUGAUGUAGAUAUUUUAAAUUAAGAUUGUGUAAGGUAAUUUUUAAUUUUUUUUAUUAAAAUUACGCGCUGGAUGGAAGAAAUCUUUUUAACUUUAAAACUUUUAAGUUUACAUUGGAUGUUUACAUUUCAUGAUUUUUCAAAUUGCAAUGAGAAAAGAAAACUUACAAAAAUUGCAAGAAAUUAUUAUUUCACUUCUUCAUUAAAUAAAUUAACGCCAAAAUCUUUAGCAUCUGAUCGUUUAGCUUUUGCUCUCUUUUCUAUGAAAGGAAAAUUGAAUUUUUCAUUAUUUAGAAACAUUAAAAGAAAGCAAAAUAAAUAUUGGAAAUCUGAUUGUACACCAAACUUUGAAAAUAUUCAUUGAUUUGCGUUUUAAACAUAUGAAGAAUAACUUCCUUUCAUCAAUCUAUUAAACAGUCUUAAUAUAAAAUUAUAUAUUAGUGACAGCAUUUCAAAAGCUCUCAUAAGAACAUAAACUUGGUUCAAUUAAUUCAAGUAGACUUCUGCUGAUAGUUUUCUCUUAUUCAGUGUCAGUGAUAAGACAAGAUUAUCGGUAUUUGAUCAAACUAACAUUUUAAACUGCACUUUAGAUUGUAGCAAAUAUGGAAAUCAAAUUAAUUGUUCUUUAAGCAUAGAAUUUUUAACAAAAAACUGAUAAAAAACUUAACACGUAUCCUUAUAUCAUAACAUAUCAUAAUAUCUAAGUAAUAAUGAAAAGAUUCUUUAAAUCUAAUAUUUCUCAGAAGAAAAUUUAAACAUUUUCCCAUUGAAUAUAUCUCGAUGUGUUACUAAAGACUUUUUCAAACAUUUUAAUGACGUUUUUCAUCAUAUCGCAAUAUUGAUUUGUUCUUUGUUGCGUGAACGCAAAAUUAAAAUAUGAACAACUUUACUCAUUAAUUAUUCCUUAAUUGUUCAAUAAAAUUUAUCAGUCACAUGGAAAUAACAAAAUCUAAAUUGUAAAUUUCAUUUUGAUGACUUUUCGUCGUUCUUUUAACGACACAGUGUAAGCAUUUUAAAAUUUUCGCUUAAAAUAUUAACAAUUGAGAAAAUGAUUGGAAGGAACUUUCAGUUCUUUGUGAUGAAAAAUACGACAUGAAAUAAAUGAAAAGCAGUUUCAAAUUUCACAUUAAGAAAACACGUCAUGAGCCUGGCGUUCAUAAAGUAGAAGACAAAAGUUGAAAUCAAUUAUCAAAUACAUAUCAUGAAGCCUGCAUCAUGUUCACUCUUAUUAAAUAAUAAUUACAAAAUGUUAAUUUUAAAUCAUAUCAAAAUGCAUAUCUUAGCAUGUAAGUAAUGAUAGUCCACAACAGAUGACUAAACCAAUGACAACAUAUCAGAUAUUGAAAUUUAUUGUGACCAUUAAGAUUUAUUAAGAUGUAUUUUGAGAUUAUUGAAAGAUGCUAACUUGUACUAUCAAAAAAUAUUUGAAACUAUUUUGUAUGACAAAAAAGAUAAAGUUAAGGCUCUUGGUAACAAAGAAAAAAAAAGCAAAAGAAAAAUAUUAUAAGCAAAGCACGAUUAAAUUUAAAUUCGAGUUGAAAAUAUUUGUAACAUUAAUAUGAAGACAAAUCUUUUUAGCCCAUGAUUUAUGAUCUAUUAAUGUAAAACAUUCAAACUCUAAACUCAAGAAUUCUUUUAAUAUUGUAUUUUUGUGAGCGCUUUUUGCAUUAGAUUUUAAAAAUGUUCAGAAAAAUUUUGCCGUAGAUAUUCUUCUUGCAUAGAUAUGUAAAUGUAGCUGAAUAAUCCCUUUACACAACAUACAGACCGGAAUAAAUCCAACAGCACUUCUCAAUAUGAACCGUUCCUAGGUUGAUUAAUGCAAAGUAACUUGAACUGAUGGGUGAAGGUUGAUGUUCACAGAAUAAUCCUCAAGAUAUACUAAAACAUCAUUUCAUGUGUUUAUGAGGUCAGGUCAGAAAGUGACGUCUUCAUCCAUCAAGCUUCUUUUAUAUUUAUCCAUGUUAUUAGUGAAUUUUCAUUCAAAUAAUAACUAAAGCAUUAGAAUUUUCAUUGAAUUAAUAAUAUAACAACAAACUCUAGGAAAGGCAGAACAAAGUGCAUGAGUUUGAAGGUGAUGCGCAGUGAAACUGUUCUUUAAUGUUUCUAAAUGUGUAAAAACUCAUUUUUGAUCAAUAAAGUGAAAAGAAAAAUCUUCAAUCAAAUA